AUGAACAAAAGAUUUGGAGUUUCUUUGACACCUCGUUUGAGAAUUAGCGAUAGAGAAGAAGAGGAAGACGAAGAAGAACAUAGACACGACGGAUUAUAUGGAUUCACUGAUCAGCAGAAUUCCCUCGUGCCUCUCCGUUCCGAUGGUUCUCUAGUCUUCACCGGUCCUUUGACACAUCAUCCUCAUCCCUGGAGAUAUGAUAUUAGCCAUGACCAUCAUCAUCAUCAUGGCGAAGAAGUGCCAAAACUAGAUGAUUUCUUUUCGAUCUCUCAGCAUCAAACUGAGUGUCCCAGAGACCAGACCCAAACCGACGUCAACUGCACCACCAUGGUUAACCGAUUGAACCCGCCCGGUUACUUUCUCCACGAACAAACCGUAGUUACACCACAAUACCCGAACCUAAGCCAUGAUUAUGGAGCUUUCGGAAACGUCGGUUCGGACUCCGUUUUCAAAUCUUGGUUAAGGCCAGGCCCUUCAACAUGUCCACUCUCGAAUAUCUAUGUACCUGAUGAAGAGGGUAGUACGAGCAAUAUUAGUCAUUAUAGUAACGAAGAGACUCAUGAUUAUAGCGCCAACGGCUCGAUGCUAUCGUUGGCUAUGAGCCAUGGCGUUGGUUCUGAAAUGAUAAACGAACCAGAUGUGUCUGUACCAGUCGAAGAACCGGUUAAGGUAGAUGAUGAGAAGCGAAAGAGAUUGGUCGAUAAAUUUCUGGUGAAGGAAUCGGUUACUCACAAGUCGACUGAUAGUUCUGGACAUAGAACUUCUCAGUAUCGUGGAGUUACAAGACAUAGAUGGACAGGGAGAUAUGAAGCUCACUUAUGGGACAAUAGCUGUAAGAAGGAAGGACAGGCGAGGAAAGGAAGACAAGGAGGAUAUGACGAGGAGGAGAAAGCGGCGAGGGCUUAUGAUUUAGCGGCCAUGAAAUAUUGGGGUCCCACCACUCACUUAAAUUUCCCUUUGAGUAACUACGAAAAGGAGAUCGAGGAGCUCAACAACAUGACUAGACAAGAAUUUGUUGCAAUGUUGAGGAGGAACAGCAGUGGAUUUUCGAGGGGAGCUUCGGUUUACCGAGGAGUCACAAGGCAUCAUCAACACGGAAGAUGGCAAGCUAGAAUUGGGAGAGUCGCUGGGAACAAGGACUUGUACCUUGGCACAUUUAGCACGCAAGAAGAAGCAGCGGAAGCGUACGAUAUCGCGGCAAUAAAAUUCAGAGGCGUAAACGCUGUUACCAACUUCGAUAUAAGCAGAUACGAUGUGAAGAGAAUAUGUUCAAACUCUUCCAUCAUUAAUAGCGACCAAGCCAAACGAACUCCGACCAGCUCCGGCCCCGCUUUUGAGUUUUUCUAUUCCAUGGAACCGCCAUUACCGAGUUUGAGUCUGUUUCUUUUGUGCUUCGUCGUCUUCUUCAUCUCUGCUUCUAUCUUGGUUGACUCACAAUCACAAGAUCCAUCCAUUUCUCCUCCACCGCCUCCUCCGUCUCCAUCACUAUCUCCACCACCGCCAAGAUUCCCGCCUCCUCCUCCGGUGAGGGUCGAGAGUAACAAGGCGACUCACGAGAAGCACCACCGAAGAAAAAAAUGGAGGCAUAGAAGGAACCAAAACCAUCCACGGCCUCGGAAGCAGAAGCUGAACAAAGGAAAGACGGUGGGGUUCUUCUUCGCCGGCGUAGCGGCGGCUUUGCAAGUAGUUGUUGCUGCUUUCUUGCUUCUCAAAAGAAGACAGCUUCUUCUUAAGGUCAACGAUAGACACUGA